AUGAAGUCGCUCCGGGUUACCGGCGAGGGGGGCGGCGGCAUGGUUCAGAUCGACAUGACCGGCGCGCAAGAGGUGCUCGCCGUGCGGGUGGACCCCGGCCUCGUCGAACGCGGCGAGCGGGAGAUGAUCGAAGACCUCACCGUCGCGGCGAUGAACGACGCCAUCGAGAAGGCCCGCGUCCUCCAUGCCGAAGCCAUGCAAGAAGUGACCGGCGGCAUGAACCUCCCGGGCAUGAGCGACAUGCUGGGCAAGCGGUAUGGUACACGAGUUGCUAGGGCCGCGGCGGCGGACCUCAACGUCUACCGCCCGCCGUGGCUCUUCACACGGAUCGAACACCAGCGUCGGCGUCAGGGCCUCUCCUGCGCCGGACAGGCGGCACACAAGGGCGGAACGAUAAUCAUGCGAAUGUCCUUCGGGCAAUCGAUGCAGAUGGCGCAAAAGCAAGUGCUUGCGCCACGCAUGAUUCAAUCCAUGGAGAUCCUCCAGCUGCCGAUCCUCGCGCUGCAGGAACGGAUCGAGCAGGAGCUGCAGGACAAUCCCUGCCUCGAGCAAGUCGAGCCCGACGGCGAGGACGUCUACGAGCCCGAGCGCGUCGAGCGCGAAGAGGGCGAGCGCGAGUUGGUCGUCAAAGAGGACUCCAACAACGAGGACGAUUUCGAACGCCUCGUGAACAUGGCGGAGAACCUGCCGGACGACUACGAGGAACGCAGCCGGCCGUCGCAGGGCCAGAUGGAGGCGGACUCCGAUCGGGCGUUCGACCAGAUGGCGAACAUGACCGCCCGGCCCGAGACGCUGUGCGACUACCUGCAGCACCAACUCUCCUGGUUCAACCUCGAAGAAGAACUCCGCCGCAUGGCGGAGCGGAUCAUCUACAGCCUCGACACCAACGGCUAUCUCAAGUCGCCGCUCGAAGAGCUGCUGCCGCCCGUCCCGCCCGACCUCAACGGCAACGCGGACGUGUACCGCAAGGCGCAGCUGGAGCUGGCGCAGAAGGCGCUGACCGUGGUGCAGCACCUCGACCCGCCGGGCGUCGGCGCGCGGUCGCUCAAGGAGUGCCUGCUGCUCCAGCUGCCGCCGGGCCACCCGUUCGAGCCGGAGAUGCGUGUCCUCAUCGAGAGCCAUCUCGAAGACCUGCAGAACAACCGGCUCCCGCAGAUCUCAAAGAAGACGGGCAUGUCGCUCGACGACAUCAACGAGAUCUGGGAAGAGAUCCGCCUGCUCAAGCCGAAGCCCGGCGCCGAGUUCGCCGAGUCAUCGGUCCCCAGCGUGCGCCCCGACGUGUUCCUCGAGAAGGACGACGAGGGCAAGUACGUCGUGCGUCUCGAAGACGGCGACCUGCCGAGCCUGUACGUCUCGCCCUACUACCGCAAGCUGCUCAAGCAAGCGGCCGACGCCGACGAAGAGACUCGCGAGUACAUCAAGCGCAAGAUCAACUCGGCCCAGUGGCUGAUCGAGGCGAUCGAGCAACGCCGCAGCACGCUCAGCCGCGUGUCGCAAGCGAUCGUCGAUCACCAGACGCGGUUCCUCGACGAGGGCCCCGAGUCGAUCGAGCCGCUGAAGAUGCAGCAGAUCGCCGACCGCGUCCACGUGCACGUAACGACCGUCAGCCGCGCCGUCGACGACAAGUGGAUCCAAACCCCGCGCGGCAUUUUCCCGCUGAAGCGGUUCUUCGUCGGCGGCACACAGAACGCCGACGGCGAGGACGUCGCCUGGGACGUGGUGCGGAUCAAGCUGCAAGAGAUCGUCGACAAGGAAGACAAGUCGAAGCCCCUCUCCGACGACGCCCUCGUAAAAGAGCUGGCGAAAGCCGGCAUCGAAGUCGCCCGCCGCACCGUAACGAAGUACCGCAAAGCCAUGGACAUCCCCAGCAGCCGGCAGCGGAAAGACUGGGCGGCGGAGAAGAAGUAG